AUGACUUCGUCGCUGCGAAAUUCGAUACACCGUCGCAAUCACAAGGAGCGGUCCCAGCUCGCCCAUCGUGCAAAGCUCGGCAUCCUAGAGAAACAUGCAGACUAUGUCAAGCGCGCACGGGAUUACCACUCCAAACAGGACAAGUUGAAUCGGUUGAGGCAGAAGGCUGCAGAGAGGAAUAAAGAUGAAUUUUAUUUUUCGAUGACGAGGGAGAAGACGAAGGGUGGGGUACAUGUCAAGGAGAGAGGGAAUGUCGCGCUGCCCAUUGACAUGGUAAAGGUGUUAAAAACGCAGGAUGAAAAUUACAUCCGAACAAUGCGAGCCGCUGGCUUGAAGAAAAUCGAUAAAAUGAAGGCGCAGCUUUCCGAAAUGGUUAAUUCAGUCACCGACGAAGACUAUGAAGAGUUUGGUAAUGGACAAACAAAACUCUUGGAAGAAGCCGGGGUUAUUCCAAAGUCCGGGAAGGGUCGGCGGAAGUCAAAGCAUAUAAUUUUUGUGGAAAACGAGGAUGAAGUACACAAGUAUAAACCCGAAUCGUCAUCGGUGUCUCAUGAAGAAACAGUGCAAGAAGAAGAACCUAUAGAUCUGGGAUGGAAAGUACUAGCAGAGAAGAAACGGUCUAAGAAGUGUAAAGUGUCAGCAGAGGACGAUGUCAAGAUGGAAAAUGAGGAAGGUGACUGCGAACCCAAUCACGAAGCAACUCUUCGCAAUCGUCGACGCCUCUUUCGAGAUCUCGCAGCGCGACUGGCACGCGACAAGCAGCUGCGCUACACGGAACGCGAGUUUGAAAUGCAACGACUCAUGAUGGGGAAAGGUGCUCGUAAAAAGCUCAAGGGAGUCGAAAGAGUGGACGGGAGCAAAGAUGAUGAUGGUGAAGACCAAGAUGAGCUUGAUGCGCGAAAGGGCAAGCCAAUCGCGCAAAUUGUAUCCAAGACAUAUAUACCUCGUGUCUACAAGUGGCGGAGAGAACGGAAGAAAUAG